AAAAAAAAAACGAUAUCCAAAAGACGCAACCUUCUCUUGACCUCAAAAACCUCAAGCAACAGAAGGCGAGCUAUCAGCUAUGUCUUUCCUUAAGGUUCCUCUGUUUAAACGUCCUUCAUAUCGCAUGAUCCCAAUCUUCAAAAUGAAACCCAUAUGCCAAACAGUCCCCACAUUUGGUAAUGUCACUGCUAGUUAUGCAACUCAUGCUAAUUUCUCUCAUUCAAUUUCUUCUUCUCCUUCUUCAAUUCCUACCCGUAUUGAUGAUACUAGUUAUCGCUGGAGGCCCAUGUGCUUGUACUUUACACAAGGCAAGUGCACCAAGAUGGAUGAUCCUACCCACCUAGAGACGUUUAAUCAUGAUUGCUCUAGGGACCUCUUGAUGAAUGUUGCUGACUUUGAACGCAAGCGCCCUCAAGAUUUUGAUUUUUUCUUGGUCUUUGAUUUGGAGGGGAAAGUUGAGAUUCUUGAGUUUCCUAUAUUAAUAAUAGAUGCACAAACAUUGGCCGUUGUAGAUUUGUUCCACAGGUUUGUUAGGCCCUCUGCCAUGAGCGAACAAAGAAUAAAUGAAUAUAUUGAGAACAAAUAUGGCAAGUUCGGAGUUGAUCGUGUUUGGCAUGACACAGCUCUCCCAUUUAAUGAAGUUGUUCAAGAAUUUGAAGCUUGGUUGACCCAUCACCAUUUAUGGGACAAGAAACAUGGUGGACUUCUUAAUCGAGCAGCAUUUGUAACUUGUGGAAAUUGGGAUGUGAAAACACAGGUUCCUCAGCAAUGCCAAGUGUCAAAGAUAAAGCUUCCUCCGUACUUUAUGGAGUGGAUCAAUCUGAAAGACGUUUAUCAAAAUUUUUAUAAACCAAGAAAAGAGGCCAGAGGAAUGAGGACGAUGAUGGAGCAGCUGAAAAUACCAAUGCAGGGAAGUCAUCAUCUUGGGAUCGAUGACACUAAAAAUAUAGCGAAAGUUCUACUACGAAUGCUUUCAGAUGGCGCUGUGAUACCCAUUACUGCUAGGAGGAAUCCUGUUUCUGGGAAUGUUAAUUUUCUAUAUAAGAACCGCAUAAGGUAGUUACUGCUUGCUUCUUCUCAACUGAACUGUUUAUGUGAGGCAUAAUUUGUGUAAAUAACAAAAUAUUAAUAACUCGAAUUCUUCUUUUUGGUGGCUUUCCAUUCUAUAUAUUUGUACACUAGUCCAAAUUU